CGACGCGGUCUCCUUAUAAAUGCGGUGGUAGCCGGCGUAGGAGCACUUCGGCCUGGAGCGCCUUGGCAUUCGUACGUUUGGCUAGGUAGCGGCCCGCGACGCAGCCCGCCCCUGCCUCUAGCUGUGCCAUGGCGGACGAGGGGAAGUCAUACAACGAGCACGAUGAUCGAGUUAGUUUCCCUCAAAGAAGAAAGAAAGGCCGGGGCCCUUUCCGUUGGAAGUCUGGCGAGGGGAACCGGAGGUCUGGAAGAGGGGGCUCCAGCGUUCGGUCAUCUCGCCUGGAGGACGACGACAGAGAUGUGGCGAUGAGCGAUGUCCAGGAUGCUCCCCGAGUACGAUACACCCCCUAUGCUGCACGACCCAACCGUCGGGGUGAUAACUGGAACGAGCGCACUCGAAUUCAUGUUACUCUGCCCCUGCGGAGAGAUCGGACUGCUGCAGAGAGGGGAGGGGCUGGCACCAGCCAGGAUGGGACGUCCAAGAACUGGUUUAAGAUUACAAUCCCUUACGGCAGGAAAUAUGACAAGUCAUGGCUCCUGAGUGUGAUUCAGAGCAAGUGCAGUGUCCCUUUUACUCCCAUUGAGUUUCACUAUGAAAACACACGGGCCCAGUUUUUUGUGGAGGACGCCAGUACUGCCUCUGCACUGAAGGCUGUUAACUAUAAGAUUUUGGAUCGGGAGAACCGCAGGAUAUCUAUCAUCAUCAACUCCUCUUCUCCACCCCAUUCUGUGCAAAAUGAACUGAAGCCAGAACAAGUAGAGCAGCUAAAGCUGAUCAUGAGCAAACGAUAUGAUGGCUCCCAGCAAGCACUUGACCUCAAGGGCCUCCGUUCAGACCCAGAUUUAGUGGCCCAGAACAUUGAUGUUGUCCUGAACCGAAGAAGCUGCAUGGCAGCCACCCUGCGAAUCAUCGAGGAGAACAUCCCUGAGCUAUUGUCCUUGAACUUGAGCAACAACAAGCUCUACCGGCUGGAUGACUUGUCCAGCAUUGUGCAGAAAGCACCCAAUCUAAAGACCCUAAAUCUCUCUGGAAAUGAGCUGAAGUCUGAGCGGGAGUUGGACAAGAUCAAAGGGCUGAAGCUGGAAGAGCUCUGGCUUGACGGAAACACCCUGUGUGACACCUUCCGAGACCAGUCCACCUACAUCAGCGCCGUUCGAGAGCGAUUUCCGAAACUACUACGACUGGAUGGCCAUGAGUUACCCCCACCAAUUGCCUUUGAUGUUGAAGCCCCCACGACGUUACCACCUUGCAAGGGAAGCUACUUUGGAACAGAGACCCUGAAGAAUCUGGUCCUGCACUUCUUGCAGCAGUACUACGCGGUGUAUGACUCGGGAGACCGACAGCGGCUCCUGGACGCCUACCAUGACGGAGCCUGCUGCUCCCUGAGCAUUCCUUUCACCCCCCAGAACCCUGCCCGAAGCAACUUGGCUGAGUACUUCAAGGACAGCAGGAAUGUAAAGAAGCUUAAAGACCCUACCCUGCGGUUCCGACUGCUGAAGCACACACGUCUCAACGUGGUGGCCUUCCUCAACGAGUUGCCCAAAACUCAGCAUGACAUCAAUUCCUUCGUGGUAGACAUAAGUGCGCAGACAAGCACAUUGCUGUGUUUCUCUGUCAAUGGAGUCUUCAAAGAAGUGGAUGGAAAGUCUCGGGACUCCUUGCGAGCCUUUACCCGAACGUUCGUUGCUGUUCCUGCCAGCAAUUCAGGGUUGUGCAUUGUCAACGAUGAGCUGUUUGUGCGGAAUGCCAGUGCUGAUGAGGUCCAGAGAGCCUUUGCCAUGCCUGCACCCACACCUUCCUCCAGCCCCGUGCCCACCCUCUCCCCAGAGCAGCAGGAAAUGCUGCAGGCAUUCUCGACCCAGUCUGGCAUGAACCUUGAGUGGUCUCAGAAGUGCCUUCAGGACAACAACUGGGACUACACCAGAUCUGCCCAGGCCUUUACUCAUCUCAAGGCCAAGGGCGAGAUCCCAGAAGUGGCAUUCAUGAAAUGAUCCAUAGUCGUGCCCCAGAAGAACCCUGUAAAUAGUCCCCAGACGUACUGAUGUCUCCUCUCCGGCCCGAGGCCGCCCUGUGACUGUGACCGAGGAGGGAGGGCUGCUGGAUCCUUCUCCUCACCUGCCUUCUGGAAGCCUCCAGAAGAUUGAGCCUCCCUGGUGCCAGGAAGCCAAAGCUUACUUUGUAGAACUGACACUAAAAUACCCUAAUGACUUAGGUGCUUUGUGUACUUAACCCCAGGAUCCUCCCUACUUUUUAAGAUAAAGAAUGGUAUUGUA